UCGGACCUGCGCGCCGGGGAGCAGGCCGCAGGAGGGGGCGUGUCUUCAGGCCGCGCUCGGGGACGGCUACUGGGAUCGCGGCGCUCCUCGCAGCCCAAAGCGUGUCCCCUCCCCCUGGCGCUGCCGGGUGCGGGGCAGGCCCCGCCUCCACCUCCUCCUCCUGCUGGCUUCCCUCUGGUCUCCUCCGGACGGCGCCCUCCCUUCCCGGAGCUUCCCAGUCUGCGAGGCCCGGGGUUUCCCAGUGAAAUAUAUACUAAAUAUCAACUGGUAAAUCUUGGAUAGAAAUCCUACUUGCUUAUGGUCUGAAAGUUAAGAAAUCAUGAGUAAAAAAUCUACUCAAAUCCAUGUUUUCUUUGGAGCACCAGUUAUUCCAUCAAAUACAGCAAUAUCACAAGAACAAACUUACUCAGCAACAAGUGCCAAUCCAUGGAAAAUUACUCAGUUCUUUUAUCAUCCACAUUCCUUAAAUGUUAGUGCUGAAACAUGCAAGUGUGGCCAUCUUGAAGACCAUCAUGUAAGUAUUCCAGUUCCUCUUAAAGAACAUAUCCUGAACUCUGGUAAGACUGGAUCUUGGCAUGAUGAAGACUAUUUAACAUGUGUUCCAGAAACACAGUGUAUAGAGUCCCAGAGUAGUGGUCCUUCAAGGAUAAUUGAUACAGCUUACUGUCAUGAGCAAAUACCUGGAUUUGAGAGCAGAGUACAACAGCAUUUAAAUGAAGGAAAAUAUCAUUAUCCUGUGGAUGAUGAUAAUAAAAUCAUGGACCAGAAGGAAAAAUUUGAAUCCAAUUUCUCUUUGCAAAAUCUUUUUAAAAAAAAUUCCCAGCCAAUAAAACAAGAUUAUUCUGAUAUCCGGGAUUUGGUCUGCAGUACUAAGCAGAUUAAUAUAGAACCAGAAGCUGUAGAAAAUGAUCACAUGCCAUCAAAAAAUAAUGAGACAGUCAACCAUUCUCUGGGAUUCUCUUCUCCCCAAAUAGCAGAUGAGUCUAAAGAUAAAGGAGUGAUAAUAAGGAAGAUCUCGAGCUUCAGUACAUCAGCAGACAUUGAAUUUCUUACUAUUAUGACAUCAAGCAAGAAAGCUUUUCUAGCCCAAAGCCUGGAUAAAGAACAGAGUUUUCUAAGUAAAGAAACUUUGAGCAUGAAGCCAGAACCAAAGGAAAGUUGUAGGGAAGUGAAACUAGGAAAUUCCAAUAAUUUUGUGAAUGCACCAAAUCAGGCAAACUCCCUUGAACUUUUUAGUCCUAAUCGUCCUGAGACAACAAACAACAGCACUUCCUUAAACUGUAGCAAUGGAAUCAAAGAAAAUACAGCAUCUCAAGAACUUUUCAAACCUCCUAAUGAACAGCCCACAGAUGAUUUUUGUAUUGAUUCAUUUCUCACAAGAAAAAUUUGUUCCCAACAAAAUACUUUCCAUAAAGUCUCUAUGAAAAGAAAUCGAACAUCUGAAGAUAAGUCAGGUCCUUCAAGCACUGUAUCAGAAGCCCUCCAGGGAUCCAAGAAGGUUAAAUCAAUUUGUUCUUCAGAAACCCAUCAAAUCUCUUCCAGAGCAACUCCUGAAAAAAGAGUAUCUAGCUUUGGCAAGUUCUUAAACAAAACAUCACUGCUUAAAAAUUGUGUUUGCAAAAGCCAGAGAUAUAAUUGUUUGGUUAUGGCCUUACAUCCAUGUCAUGUGAAGGAAAUACACAUAAAAACGGGACCAAAUUCUGGCUGUAAAGUUCCUUUGGCAACUAUUACAGUAAUUGACCAAUCAGAAAUUAAGAAGAAGGUUGUACUUUGGCGUGAUGCUGCCUUUCACAUGCUAACAGUAUUUCCUGGAGACAUAAUUUUACUAACAGAUGUCACUAUACAUGAUGACCAAUGGUACAGGGAAACAGUACUGCAAUCUACAUCUACCACUCAGUUAUUGAAUCUGGGAAGUUGCUCAUCUGUCCAAGCAAAAGAAUAUUCCUAUAUAGUCAGUGUUACAGUUCUGCAAGAUUUAUUGGGGUACAUCUCUUCAAAGCAUUCCUACAUUGUAGAUCUCCCUUUUAGACGUCCUCAGAAAUUGGAAAAUAUACAGUAUGUAGAACUGGACCAGAUUCAGCCAAACACAUUAGUCCAUUCAAUAGUAAAAGUUGUCAGUAUCACAGUACUAACAGAGGCAGUAUAUGGUUACAGAGGACAGAAACAAAGAAAAAUUAUUUUGACAAUAGAACAGGUCCAAGAUCAACACUUUAUACUUGUAUUAUGGGGUCCUGGAGCAGCUUGGUACUCAGAAUUUCAAAGGAAAAGGGAUCAUCUUUGGGAAUUUAAGUAUCUCCUCACUCAGCACAAUUCCAUAUCAGGACAUCUAGAAUUACAUACAACCCCAUGGUCCUCCUGUGAGUGCCUCUUUGAGGAUGACAUGAGGGCAAUUGACUUUAAAGCCAAAUUCCAAAAAAGGGAAAGUCACCUCAUGAAGAUCUCACAUUUAUCUGCCCUUCUGGAAGAGAAGCGCUCAGGAGUAGUUCAAAUAGAAGCCCAGAUUUUAGCAUUAAUGUUCCCUGUUUCUACCCAUGAGAGCCGGCAGUUUGUACUAGAUGCCAGCACUUCUCUGGAGGAUAUUCUUACAUGUCUCUCCACCAUUAUAUAUUCAGGAUGUGGAAAAUGUGGACUGGAAUUAGAAAUAGAUGAGAACAAAAUAUACAAGCAAUGUGUCAGCUGUUUGCCAUUUACUAUGGUGAAAUUGUACUACAGAUCAGCACUAAUGACUGUGUCUGAUGGCAAGAAUGAAAUUCAAAUUCAUGCAGGAUCAGAGAUGAUGCAGAAGAUUCUUCUCAAUAUUCCACCUGAUUGGUUAAGCAGAGUUGUAGUCCCUUCCUCAGGUAUCACAUAUGGGAUGGUUGCUGCAGACCUGUGCCACUCAUUGCUAGCAAGCAGAGAAAGCGUCUACACACUGAAAAUUCAAAGCCUUUUUAUUGUAGAUGAAAACAGCUAUCCUUUGCAACAAGACUUCUAUCUGCUAGAUUUUCACAGCAGCUUUGAAGUAUGAAUAUAAUUGUAUAAGUGAUCAGAAGAACAAACUGUCAGUAAUUGGAGGAGAAAUUAAAUGAAAUUAUUGUCUUCUGAAAUGAAGUAACAUGGCUUUUUAGCUUGGGUUUAUAAUAAAAAUAAAAAACCCAAAACCCAAAAAUGUAACAAAAAGAAUUUGCAGGCUCCAGAAAUGGUAAUUUGAGCAUAUUCUUAUUUUUUUAAUAAAACUUUGUAGUCAUUGAAAAAUAAAUUAUUUUCCCAUAA